UGUUUGCAGACCCUCCGGGACGGAGAGGUGGAGGAGGAAUCGGCAGCUCCGCCGUCCAUAUACCCUACGAUCACCACGCCAUUAGUUCAUGACUUCAUCAUAUUUUUGACAGGAGAGUUUGGGCCGGAUUUGGAAGCUCUCCAGGACUCUGAGGCUGCUGCAGAGAAUGGGAAUAGGGACACAGGCCAAGGCUUGCCAUUUUGGCUGAAGUAACAGCAGGACGGUUGUCAACCCCAUAUCGCCUUCAAUCCCCUUCUCCCUCACCUCUCCUCCCACACACACACACACACACAGGCAUACACAAGGACAACAAACACCCCCACACACAGCCACUGCUAUGUCCACUGCCGUAGACAUCGCUGGCCCUUCCUCCCCAGAUCAGGCCCACAGCAGCGCUAAAAUCCCCAAUGAGCCACUGAGACCCAGCCUUAAGCGCUCCAGCCACCCCUACAGCCUCUCCCAUUACAUCUCCACCCCUUCCCCGGCCGUGGAUGUCAAAGGCCUGAUCCAGCCCUCCCCGGCCCAGCAGCGGGCCGCCCAGCCUGCGCACACUAAGCCUCGCCGGGCCCCCUCCUGGCCCGACAUGUGGGAGUCGCCCAGCGGGCUCCACCUGGCCCACGCCGCAGAGCUGUUGAUGCGCGCCGGGCUGCUGGCUCUGACCCCCGCCACCACGGAGCAGGCCGGCCUGGGCGCACAGAGCAGCCCGCCGGCUAAAAGGGAGGCUGCAGAGGCAAAGGGGGGGAAGGGAGACGGGGAGGGAGGUGGAUCCGGGCCUGAGGAGGAGGAAGAGGACUCCUCUGGAUGCGGCACUGACUUCCAACCCUUCCUUGGUGCCUGGUUCCCCUUCAGCCCCGCUCUGUUCCCCCUGGCAGGCUUCCAGAUGGGGGGAGGCCACUGGAGGAGCGCGGCCAUGGGAGCCGAGGGCAUCGAGGGGCUGGUGGCCGAGGGUUACUCCCCUGGCUCUCUGGGUGGGGGCAGCGGAGGGAGGAGGAAGAGGAAGAGGUGCGGGGAGUGCGUACCUUGUCGGCGUCAGACGAACUGCGAACAGUGCAGCAGCUGCCGCAAUCGCAAGAGAGGACACCAGAUCUGUAAAUACAGGAAGUGCGAGGAGCUGAAGAGGAAGCCGGGAGGUCCUGGGUUCGAGAGCAGAGUGUCUGGGUUUGAUCUAAGGGGCUCCGACUUUACUUUGGGUCUGGCACAGGAGAGAAGCAACGGCGCCUUGGAUGGAUAAUAAUGUAUGUGUUGGCAGCAUUUGUCAGAGGAUCCUGGUUGGAUGAUUGUUGAGGAGCUGCAGCUGAAGUGAAACACACUGGACACCAUGUUAACUUGCUCGGACUGUGGUUCAGAGAUCCUCGGAUCUUGUGUUUAGUGAGGAGCUGCAGCUCCGUUUAAGAAUGUCCACACUCGUUCCCAUCCUUUCUUUUGACAAUCAGUGAAUUGGAGAGGAGAGAAAGAAGGAUACCAAUGUGUGUCAAUAUUUAGAUGACGACAAAAAUGCUGUAAAUAGACUGUAAAUAUCUGGAAAACAUUAUGUCUUUUUUACAUCCCUUUCCAGUUUGGAUGUAUUGUGUUUCAACAUAAAAAAGAAGGAGCCAAAUGUUUUGUUUCUAAUGAGGAGUUUUGUUUCUGUUGUUCUGACGUCACUGCAUCAGUAAGAAAUGAAUGAGUUCAGCCUAGGCUAAAUUAUUUCAUGUGCAACUUGUACUGUAUAGCUCUGUUUGCCCUUUUGAAAUAAAAGAA